CGCGCCGCAGCGAUCGUCGCUUGUUUGUCUCGAGCCGCCGCGACCGCUACUACGCUACCGAGGUCAAGGAACGUUCCAUGCGUCGCACUGUUGUUCGCGCUGCCGGUACGUAUGUAUGUACAUACACUACGGGGCGAUGUGCGCGAUCAUUCUCCGCGAAGUUAAUGCCACGGCCAGGCGAGCACGCACUUGGAGUGUGCACGGCAGGCGGACCGUUGAACGUUGCCGUCCACCGUUUUUGCGCUCGCUAUUCCCGCGAUACGUAAUUCGAGUACAGGAGAGCCUCGCGAGCGUGUACUCGAUUGUUCGUCAGUGAAAAGCAUGUCAGUUUACGCGUUCGCUUGAGAUGUACACUGUACGAGUGACGUUAAAGCGGACUGUCCACUCGCGUCGCGUCGCCGACUCGACUCGCGUAGUGUCGCGCGGGGGAGGGGGGCGCCGGCUACCGACGCCAUGUUGGUCUCUGUUCGAGAAGCAUCGCGAAGUGCCGCGGACACGCAGCGGAUCGGUCUCCCGCGCCGACGGUGUCGUCGCGACGCUUCACCGCGGCGGUGGUGAGUGACGCUGACCAAGUUGAGCAAGAUCGGCCCCGUUGAACGCUCGCGUUCGGUCGCGAGACGCGUCCAGCCUCGCCGGGACGUUCCCGGCGUUUCGCGCGACGCCACCGUUGGCGGCUCGCAUUCCCGCGCGCGACCGUACACCUCUUUUUCGCGUUCUCGUCGCAACGAGCUCGCGUCGGUUAACGCCGGGAGUGCCGUGGCGCGCGUCACUCGGAUAUGAUGAACUCCUUUUUCGCGUGUGCCGCGCUGUGCCGCGUUGUGCCGUUUGCCAGUGCGAAAUGGAGGGAUCUGAGAGGAAGCAGCGACCUGGGAUCAGACAUCGAGCGACGGCGAAGCAACCCUCUGGUGUUCGUUAUCCUGGCGCUCACGGCCGGCGUUCUCGCGGCGCCGCAAGGCAAUCCGAACGACAUCACCAUCGUGAAGCAGGAGGAGUCGAACAACAUAGGGGUAGGUGGAUACCACUUCAGUUAUGAGCAGAGCGACGGCCAGAAGAGGGAGGAGACGGCGGAGCUGAAGAACGAGGGCACCGAUAACGAGUCCAUGACUGUCGUUGGCAGCUUCAGCUUCAUCGCGCCGGACGGACACACGUAUAGGGUCGACUACACCGCGGAUGAGAACGGAUUCCAUCCGACUAUCAAUCUCGCAAAGUAAACGGGUUCCGAGGAAGUUACAUCAUCUUAGGUCGUUGACGUACACACGCUCGUGUAAUUACGCGCGAAUUAGGAUACUUCUAAUUGUAUGACACUGCGAGGCACGCGAUUCACCGAUGCGAACGGGCUGGGACGUCGCGAUCGCUGGCUCGAUCGAGAUUCCCCCGCGAUUCCAUUCCUCCCUGGCCGAUCCUCGUCUCUCCGCGAGUUUCGCGAUCCUGCGAAGAGACAUGGGAGACAUACACUUUUACAUUUCUUAAAAUCAACAACGCGGCGGUCGCACGAUUUGACUAAAUUCAUCAAUAUUUCGCAUAGUCCUCGCUCGCUUAAGACCAAGAGUGAUUCUUCGGAUGGAGCAGCGCGUAUUCCGCGAAUAAUAUAUAUAAAAUAUCACGGGGAUAACUAACGAAAUUAUUUUGCUCAACGUCACUUUUUCUCUCCGGUGCAUCUCUCGCGUGAAGAGUGUUCGCGAAUAUCGCGCGACAUCGCGAUUAACGGGCCGCGUAUUCGUGUCUCCUGCGAGUGAAACGCGUUAGCUUACUCGCAAAAUCGGCGAUACGUAUAUCAUUCGGUUUCCCGAAACUGCCAGCGGACACUUUGAACGGGGACGUCUUUCGUUUACAACUCUAUAUCUGCCACCAGCGAGGCGACGAUGCAGCACUCAUUUGAGCGCCGCGGUACCUGCGUUUCUUACCGGCGCAACUUCUUUUUUUUUUACACGUAUCUAUAUGUAUCUAUAACAGAAGACAAUUCGUGCAAAUAAACUUGUAUACUUACUGAAA